AUGUAACCAUAAUCUAAAUAGUAGGCAAAAGAGGAGGAAUAGAAGAGGAUGGAAAAUCACAUUUUGGAGAAGUUUGAAUUGCUGGAAUUCAAGGGGAAAGGAGCAUAUGGAGUAGUUUGGAAGGCUCUUGAUCGCAAGACUAAUUAGGUAGUAGCACUCAAGAAAAUUUUUGAUGCUUUCCACAAUGACACUGAUUCAUAGAGAACAUUUAGGGAGGUGAUCUUCUUGGAGCAACUCAGGAAUCAUGAAAACAUAAUCAGAUUGACAUCUGUCAUAAAGGCAGAGAACAAUAAAGAUUUGUAUAUGGUAUUCGAUUACAUGGAGACGGAUGUGCACAAUGUGAUAAGAGGAAAGAUUCUGCAACCCCUUCACAAAAAAUAUAUAGUUUAUCAAGUGUUGAAGGGUUUAAAAUAUUUACACACUGGCGAAGUAAUCCAUAGAGAUUUGAAACCUUCCAAUUUGUUGAUCAAUUCAGAAUGCAAAGUCAAAAUAGCGGAUUUUGGAUUGGCCAGAAGUGUAGCUAAGCCAGAGGACGACACAAAUCCCAUACUCACUGAAAGUGUAGCUACAAGAUGGUAUAGAGCCCCUGAGAUAUUGUUUGGAUCUUCAACUUAUUCCAAGGCAGUUGACAUUUGGAGCUUGGGAUGCAUAGUGGGAGAAAUGUUAUUAGGAAAAGCUCUCUUCCCAGGGAGCUCCAAUUUGAAUUAGAUUGAAAAGAUAAUGGAACUCAUAGGACGACCUACUCCAGAAGACCUAGAAGCCUUAUGUGCUCCGAUGGCAGAGCACAUGAUGCAGAACUUAACAAUUAAGUAGAUGAUUGGUUUUGUGCAAACCUUUCCAACUGCUACUGAAGACGCUAUUGAUUUCCUCAAGAAGACUCUGGUCUACAAUCCAAAUAAAAGAAUGACAGUGGAGCAGGCAUUGGAACAUAGCUAUAUCAAAGAGUUUAAGAAUAAAGAGGUGGAGUCUAAGAGAGAUACACCGUUGGAAACAUUGAUGGAUGACAAUCAUAAGUAUUCAACUAAGGAUUAUCAGAAUUUUCUGUAUAGUCGCAUAGAUCAAAAAAGGAGAAUUGAAUAGAAAUAGAAGCUCAUCAAAAGUUAGAACAAUAGUGUGAAUACAAGUCUUGACAAGUCCUCAUCUCCUACUAAAAAGGAAUCUUCCACUGCAAAGAAGGAUCCUGAGAAACCCAAAGUUGAAAAUGAUAGUCAACAGCCUCAUAGAGGUCUUCAUUGGAAAUCUCAGUCCUACUCUUAAGGGUAGUUUAUGCGGAGGACUGCUUCAUAGGAGGAUAAUUAGUUUUAGGUCUCGAUGUAUCAAAGUCCCACUUAAAAGAAGCAACAGCAGAUGUUUCCAAUGGUCGAUUCCAAUAGUCCAAUGAACAAGGGGAAUAGGAGAUCUUCAUUGGACAAGAAGUUGCUGAGCACCUUGACUGCCACUCUGCAGAGUACUCUAUCUCAAUAGUAGUUUUCGAGAAAAGGAAUGCAAGCUUCAGUAUCUAAAUCGAAUGUUUUCAAUAAAUCAAUGAACACACAGUACAAUGCAUUAUUGCAGAAGAAGAAAUGA